AUGGGUGACCCCCUUUCGGUCUCUGCCAGUCUCGUGGCAUUAACUGGAUUUGCAUUCCAGGCGAGCAAAUCACUUUAUCAAGCCGUCGACAGCUUCAAAUCUUCUAAAAGAGCAGUUCGUGAGCUUCGAGAAGAGGUCGAAUCCUUGAAUGCAGUCCUGGAAAACUUGUCGCAGAUGGCAGUCGAAUAUGAUGCUCAAUUAACCUCGUUGAAACUUCCGCUGGUACAAUGUGCUAAGACAUGUGAAGAAUUUGAACGUGUUAUCAGCAAAUGCGUGGGACAUUCAGAUGGCCAGAGGACAAGCUUUCGUGAUUGGGCACAGUUGCAAUAUAGAGGAGGUGGUAUGGAGAACUUGAAAACCACCCUGGCUGGCUAUAAAUCGACAAUCAGCAUCGCCAUUGGCGGUGCUACGUUUCGCCAAGUCGUGGUCACUGCGAAUGUUCUUGAUGAUUAUCAAAAGAUGAUCGAGGAAGCCACGUCCGACCUUCAAGAGCAUUUACAGCUAAUCGACAAGAGAAUGCAAUCGCUUAUGCAGAAUAGCGCCUCUAUCCAAGCCAACCGACCUCCAGAGGUUGAAGAAAUUGUGGAAGAGAAAAGGAGCAUAAGACAGUGCCUAGCAAUCUGCACACAGGUUUCUCAAUUAAUAGAGGCAUAUCAGACUCGCCGGAUAAUCUAUCAAACGCCUGGUGGAGUCGGAUCACAAAAACAGUCUGCUACCUUCGGGGCAGAAACAGCGACAAAUGAUUUGCUCAUGGGAUUUAGAACCAGGCUGUCUUCAAAUACCAAAAACCUCCAAGAUCGGCUCCAGGAGCUCGAGAAUCGUCUUGGAAAACUAUCUGAAAACGGUGAUGAUCAACAACACUUGAACCUUCUCCAAGCUAUGAAAGAGGAAAGAGACAGCAUCUCACACUGUCUUGAAAUCUGUACCGAGGCUUCUGAUCUUACGGCAACAGUCCGUACGAAUGUCUAUGAGGAGGUGAAAUCAGCCGAUAACUCUCAUCAGUUGGUCGUGUCAACGAUAGGCGAUCUUAUAUCUGCAAAACAUAUCACGACUGGGUCCAACUCAGUCCAGUGGCUGGGGCAGAUGUCCGAUGAAACUAUACAAAAGCUUUCCAGCGAUAACAAACGCGCUUUUUUCGAGAAUCAAACGAACAAAACGCAAGAACAGAAGGAUGUAUUUCAUGACCUUUAUGGAGAAGGACGCCAGCUGAAAGGUGAUGUGGGACCGACGGGUGGAAAGUAA